UUAGAUUAGAAUCAGAAGAAGUUUUGCUUCGCCAAAUUAGCUCUUACCAGGUCUUCAAACAGAAGCUUCGCUCCGCGCAGGAAACCAAUAGCGCCAACAUCCCCGCCUUUCUCCAUCGUCGUCUCCGAUCAACGAGAGCCGCAAUUUUACGGCGAUGCGUCGUCGUUUAAAGUCUAGGAUUCCUCCUCUCCUUUUGCUCUUCUAUAGAUCAAUUCUUCUCAGCUUGCUUCCAGGAUUGAUUACAGCGGCGAUUGUUACUCUAGAUUCGAUCGAAAUAUAUAAUACUCAUGAAUUGUUAGGAUUGACACCAGAAGUUUAUUUUCAGUGUAAAGGUGAAAAUAGAACAAAUUUGCCUGAUGUGAAGAAGAAACAUGAGUUGUAUAGCUUCAAGGGCGAAGAGUCUUGGCAGCCUCUGACAGAACUCGAAGAAAAAAAGUGCAAACGAUGCGGGAUAUAUGAGAAAGACUCAUUUAUAAAGCCUGAUGAUGUAUUUGAUGAGUGGGAGUUCUGUGCCUCUGAUUUUACUAGUCCUGAUGGGAAGUAUAUUCGUUUCAAGGAGAAAGAGUUCAACGCCACAUUUUUGUGUCCAGACUGUGUCCCUCUUGAAGGUGCUUCAAAUCACUCUGCUGACUCGCAAACCAAGGGAAAGGGAAUGCACUGGGCACUAGUGCUGCUUAUCUGUGUGGUGGUGUCGAUUUUUGUAGUUCUUGGAGCAGUGACUGCCUACAAAUAUUGGCAAAAGAGAAAAAAGCAACAAGAGCAAGCUCGAUUCUUGAAGCUGUUUGAGGAUGGCGAUGACAUAGAGGAUGAAUUGGGCAUUGGACCACUUAAUCAUGUCAUUUAGGGAGGAAAAAAAAGCUCAUCCCCUUCUCAUGGUAUACAUUAAAACACUUGUACAUGCCUUUUGUUUUCAAUUUUUUUCUGGGAAGUAACGAUUGCGACAGUUGUAUAGUGUAACUUAACAGAGAGAGAGGGAGAGAUUUGUGUAAAGUCAUCGUACUGCAAGAGAAAUGUUGAACCCCAAAUUGGUCCUUGAUCCUGAAAAAGAAAGAUAUUUUGCUUCAAGAUGUUGGACAGCCAAGUGUCGUUUAAAGUGAGAAAUGAAAUAGUGUAAUUGCCUUGGUCUUAA